UACUGGAUGCAAGCACACAGCGCCAAGGUGGUCCCAGAGCCUGCCUGUGCCGUUAUGCAUGUAUGUUCAGGAGCGCAGUGUUGCUCCUAGUUACCUCCGUGUGCAGCCGCAGAUGGUGGGAGGAGGAGCGCGCACUGGGCUCCUUGGACGUGCCCUCUUGUUUUCGGUCUGUCUUACGUCUGUGCUGAGUGUUGAUAGGAGCAACUUCAAGACAUGUGACCAGAGCUCAUUCUGCAGCCGUCAACGCAAGCUGGAGCCGGGAUCCUCUCUGUAUCGUGCUUUGCUCGGAAGCGCAAAACUAACUGCGGACAAACUUGAAAUCCAGCUCAUUAAUGACAAGACCCAGGUAUCCCUCCUUCUGGAAGUCUUUGGACUCCAUGGAAACAUGACUCGUAUUAAGAUCAAUGAGCUGAAACCUGUAAAACCACGAUAUCAGGUUCCUGAUGUGCUGGUUGGUACACCCACCCCUGAAAAUCUGCAGGUAACUGGACAGGAUGAUAAUAUGCUGGAGGUGUCCUUGGGAAGUGAUGAGCACAAGCUUUUGGUCACUGGGUCCCCUUUUCGAUUGGAUAUCCUAGCAGGGCAAGAUUUGGUCCUCAGUGUAAACUCUCGUGGGUUGCUUUACUUUGAGCACUUUAGAGAAAGGAAAGACACUCUCUCGGCUAAAGUUAGUAGUGCUGUCGGUAACAUGUGGCAUAAAGUGAAGAAUCUUUUCUCUAGUGACUCAGAGAAGAUGGAUGAACCCACUGAAAGUAAUCAUGAACAGCAAGGAGAGGAAGAAGUAGCAAAAGAAGACAGCAAGAAGGAAGAAAAGGAUGAGCCAGGAAUGUGGGAAGAAACCUUUAAAACUCACACGGACAGCAAACCAAAUGGUCCUUCUUCGGUGGGUCUUGAUUUCUCUUUACCGGGAUUUGAACAUGUAUAUGGGAUUCCAGAGCAUGCUGACAACCUAAGACUACGGACAACAGAGAACACAGACCCUUAUCGGCUCUAUAACCUGGACGUGUUUCAGUAUGAGCUGUAUAACACCAUGGCUUUAUAUGGCACAGUCCCCCUCUUGUUGGCUCACAAUGUUCAGCGCACGUUAGGUAUUUUCUGGCUCAACGCCGCAGAGACUUGGGUGGAUAUCAGCUCCAACACAGCUGGCAAGACUCUGCUUACCAAGAUGUUGCAGUACAUUCAGGGAGGCGAUGAGACCCCUCAGACAGAUGUGCAUUGGAUGUCAGAAAGUGGGAUCAUUGAUGUGUUCAUUUUACUUGGGCCUUCACCAAGCGAUGUCUUUAAGCAGUAUGGCAGUCUCACAGGGACCCAGGCUCUGCCACCAUACUUCUCAUUGGGAUACCACCAGUGCCGAUGGAACUACAAUGAUGAGGAGGAUGUGCGUAAUGUGGAUGCUGGCUUUGAUGAGCAUAAUCUACCUUAUGAUGUCAUCUGGUUAGAUAUUGAGCAUGCCGAUGGAAAGAGAUAUUUCACCUGGGACCCUCACAAGUUCCCCACUCCAAAAAAUAUGCUGACUGGAUUGAAAGAGAAGAGGAGGAAGAUGGUGGUCAUCGUUGAUCCGCACAUAAAAAUAGACAGUGGUUAUCGGAUUCACAGCGAGAUUCGUUCUCGUAAUUUCUAUAUUAAAACCAAAGAUGGAGGUGACUAUGAGGGAUGGUGCUGGCCAGGCUCUGCUGCUUAUCCUGACUUCACUAAUCCAGAAAUGCGAGCCUGGUGGUCCAGUAUGUUCUCAUAUGACCAAUAUGAGGGAUCUAUGGAUAAUCUGUUUGUUUGGAACGAUAUGAAUGAGCCAUCUGUAUUCAAUGGCCCAGAAGUGACUAUGCACAAAGAUGCUGUACAUUGGGGAGGCUGGGAGCAUCGGGACGUUCACAAUCUUUAUGGGCUGUAUGUGCACCAAGCCACUGCUGAGGGCUUGAUUCAUCGUUCUGGAGGGAAGGAGAGGCCAUUUGUCUUGACUCGAGCGUUCUUUGCUGGAUCACAGCGUUAUGGUGCUGUGUGGACAGGUGAUAAUGCAGCGGAGUGGGAGCACUUAAAAAUAUCCCUCCCCAUGUGCCUGAGUCUGGCUCUCGUUGGCAUCUCAUUCUGUGGAGCGGAUGUUGGAGGAUUCUUUAAGAACCCAGAGCCUGAACUAAUUGUUCGCUGGUAUCAGGCUGGAGCAUAUCAGCCUUUCUUCCGUGCCCAUGCUCACUUGGACACCCCUCGACGUGAACCUUGGUUACAUGGAGAAGCAAAUACAGAACUUAUACGUGAGGCUCUACUGCAGAGAUAUGCUCUCCUUCCAUACUGGUAUACACUUUUCUACAACGCACAUCGUGAUGCAGAGCCUGUAAUGAGGCCCCUCUGGGUCGAAUUUCCAUCAGAUGUUUCCACAUUUGCUAUUGAUGACCAGUAUUUGUUGGGCUCUGCUCUUUUGGUGCAUCCUGUAACGGAAAGCGGUGCUCGAGGAGUACAGAUCUAUCUACCUGGUACUGGAGAAGUCUGGUAUGAUGUGCACACACAUCAGAAAUACGAGUCUCCUCAGAAGUUAUAUCAGCCGGUCACCAUGAGUUCAAUACCAGUGUUUCAACGUGGUGGGUCUAUAAUCCCUCGGAAGAAUAGACAAAGACGUUCCUCAGACUGCAUGCAAGACGAUCCAUUUACUCUGUAUGUGGCACUGGAUCUCCGUGGAGAAGCCCAAGGUGACUUGUACUUGGAUGAUGGUCAUAGCUUUAGUUACCAGCAAAACGAGUUCUUGUACAGAAAAUUCAACUAUAGCCAUGGAAAGCUGACAUCAAGUUCCUUGGAUAUUAAUGGAAAAUCUGAGACGCCCAGUUGGUUAGAGAGAGUCGUGAUAAUUGGAGCUGCAAAGCCCAACAUCGUAACCCUGUAUCAGCCAGGUGGUUCAGAAGUUCACCUGGAAUUUGACUACAAUGCACAAACCUCAGUGAUAACUGUACGAAAACCAGGAGUUAACAUCGCAUCAGAUUUCACCAUAUCAUUUCGAUAACACCACUGAUUUACCAAGUCUUUAGGGAUGGGGGAAGAAGGGGCAGUUGAUUUUCCCCCCCCCCACCACCAUAAGAGGUGUUGCGAGUUGGACUUCAUUCAUGGACCAAAUAUGAGAAUAAAGAGACCAGAGGAAGUGUCAAAGCACUGAGUGUAUGUGUGAAUGUAUGUCUGACAAGUUAUGGGUACUGCCCUCCCGCACUUAUGGUGUGUAUGUGCUUGUGUGUUUAUAUGGAUCCUUAACAAUAAGAAACUCGACCACCUCCUCCCGCACUUGAGGCAUUCUUUUCUUUUUAUCUGCCCCUUAAUCUAACUUUUUAUCUGACUUAAAAUGGCCCCUAAUAGUUCUUAAAGAGGAUCUGUCACCAAACCAAACAAAUUGUGCAACUUGUAUACGCCAACUAGCCAUGCUUCCCAUGACUCUUUUCCUGCACCAGAACCCCUCACUCUUCAGUUAUGCGGCCCUAAAGUUCCAGCACCACCUAUGUCUAUCUCAAAUCACUAGUCACAGAAGUGUUCACUUUUUUUUUUUGCAAGGAGCGGAGGUUUGAAAAACAUAUAAAAAAUGUUAGGUUUUGGAAGAUCAUGCUGCAGCUGGAGGGUGUGUGAGAUGCAGAUGGUCACCGGGGGGAGAAACCAUAACUUGCAUAUAAGCAAAGUUGGUGACCACACCAGAUUGCUAAGUAUGGUGCUGGACCUUUAGGAGGGCAUCACAGGAACGCCUAGUUAGACUAUACAAGCUACACAGUUUUAGCUCUGGUGACAGGUCCUCAUUAAAGGAUGUGAACACCUUCAGGGCCAAUAUAUAUUUUUUUUAUUGACUUUUACUCAUUUUAGUCUAUAAAUUCAGUUGGUCUUCUUUAAAAAUUGUCAAGAAUUAGUUUUUUAGCCUUCACUUUCACUGUAUGUGCAGUGAGUCCAACUGGGAGCUACUCUGACGUCUUGAUGUGUAUCCCUCAUCGCUAAACUCGUACACAUCACAAACGUUUAUUUAAGCCAUAUCUGAUCAGUUUGAUAAUGAUUUUAAGCCCAAAAUGAGUAAAAUGCCAUGAUAAAAAACCAAUACCCCCUUCCCCCAGGUGUUCAUAGCUUUUACAUGUGGGAGGAGGGUUGACUAGAUUUAAAAGUGAUACAAAUGACUAAUAUAUAAUCCUCAGGGCUGCAGCUAUUAUAAGGAAUAUUUGAAUGAAGUGAAUUGAAAGUAAUAAAUUGACAGGCAACACCUCAUCUGCUCUUUCUUUCCCUCAACUUGACCUGUACUGAGGAGGUGCAGAGACAGCCCACUAAUGUGACACCAUGUGUAGCUAUGAUUUGGGGGGGCUUCAAGCCAAGUCCCUAAUUCUUUUCCAGUCGGCUAGUGACUACAUAAGGAAGAUAACAUGUCAAGGCUUUUCUAUUUCUGGUGAAGUGGAUCCAUGUCUUGAUAACUAGAAAAUGUUUUGAUAAAAUGAGAAAUAAAAUAUAAAUACACAUCUUUA